AUGUCAUUGAGAGAAGUUGUAUACUGUGGAGUUUGUUCAUAUCCUCCUGACUAUUGUGAGUUUUCAGGUAAGCUCAAGCGUUGUAAAGUUUGGUUGAAGGAAAACCAUUCUGAAUUGUACGAUAAAUACUAUGGGUCUGAUGAUGCUGAAGACGUCAAUGCUCUAACGAACAAAUUGGCAGGUUCUUCAAUUGGUGAAGAGAGAGAAGGUAAGUUGGAGAAGGAUCUUUUGAAGUUACAAGCCAAAGAAGAGAAUAGACAACAGAGAGAGUUACAAAAGAAACUUUCAUCAAAAGUUAUCAUCAAGAGAGAGGCAAGAACAAAGAGAAAAUUCAUCGUUGCGAUUUCUGGUCUUGAAGUCUUUGAAAUUGAUAUGAAGAAGUUGGCCAAGACUUUUGCUUCAAAAUUUGCUACCGGUUGUUCAGUUUCAAAGAAUGCUGAAAAGAAGGAAGAAAUUGUUAUUCAAGGUGAUGUUAUCGACGAAGUCGAAGCUUAUAUUCAUUCUCUAUUAGAAGAAAAAGGUUUGAAAGAUGUUAAACUUGAAAUCAUUGAUACCAAGAAAAAGAAGAAGCCAACAACUACCACUCCUGAAAAUACCAAAUAA